CAAAUAUGUAGAAAAACAAAUAGGCCCCGCCCACAAGGAGGAGCGCAGAGCCGAACAAGCCUGUCACCCAAAGUCGACAGCGGACAGCUCUCCAGUCAAGUCCCGUCCGUCCGUGGUCCGGCCGAUCCGUUAACGACACGCACGCACACGAACGGAAACGAGGAUGUCUCGAGAGGAGAAGGCAGUGACGGCAGCCAGGUUGGCCUUCGAGACAGGGCGUUCAAAAUGUGUGGAUUAUCGCAUCCGGCAGCUGAAGAACCUCCAGCGCUUCCUCAUUGAGCGUCGCCAAGAUAUCUGCCAGGCCAUCAAGAAGGACCUCAAUAAGAGUGAGGUGGUGUGUGAGCUGUUUGAGACACUUGGUCUGGAGGAGGAGCUGGGCCUGGCCAUCCGGAAGGUGAAGGAGUGGGCGGCACCGCGGCCGGUGCAGAAGAACCUCAUGACCAUAGCGGACACGUUGUACAUCAAAGCUGAACCUCUGGGGGUGGUCCUCAUCAUCGGGGCCUGGAAUUACCCCUGGGCCGUCACCGUGCAGCCGCUCAUCGGCGCCAUCGCCGCAGGUAAUGCCGCGGUGGUGAAGCCGUCUGAAGUUUGCGUGCACACAGCCAAAGUGAUGGAAGAUUUGCUGCCGCUAUACCUGGACAACGAGCUCUACCCAGUGGUGACAGGUGGUGUGCCAGAGACACAAAAGUUACUGGGCCAAAAGUUCGACCACAUAUUCUACACAGGAAACAGCGCCGUAGGAAAACUAAUCAUGGAGGCGGCCGCCAAGAAUCUGACACCCGUCACGCUUGAGCUAGGCGGAAAAAGCCCGUGUUACAUCGACAGCAAGUGCAACCUUACCAUCGCCUGCAGACGUGUGGCUUGGGGCAAGUUCACCAACUGUGGUCAGACCUGCAUCGCACCCGACUAUAUCCUGUGUGAACCAGCCAUGCAGCAGAUCAUCAUCCAGGAGCUCCACAAAGCUAUCAAGGAGUUCUACACGGAUGACCCAAAGACAUGCCCGGACUACGGCCGCAUCAUCAACCAGCGCCACUUCAAAAGGAUCAUGAACAUGAUGCAGGACAGCACCAUCGCCCUGGGUGGAGACAAUGAUGAGGAAGACUGCUUUAUAGCUCCCACUGUGCUGCGGGAUGUCAAGCCUGAUGCUAAGGUGAUGCAGGAGGAAAUCUUUGGACCUCUGCUGCCUAUCUUACCCAUCGGUGGCUUGGACGAAGCCAUACGGUUCAUCAACAAGGGCGAGAAACCUCUGGCCCUCUACGUGUUCUCCAAUGACAAGAAGGUCAUUCAGAAAAUGAGGGACGAGACAUCCAGCGGAGGGCUUUUAGCCAACGACUGUCUGGUGCACUACUCUGUCAGCUCGCUGCCGUUUGGGGGCGUUGGUAACAGCGGGAUGGGCUGCUACCAUGGCAAGCACACCUUCGACCAGCUGAGUCACCUGAGAGCGUGCCUCAUCAAGAGGCUCAGAUUGGAGGCAGUGAACAAAAUGCGCUACCCCCCUCACACGGCUAAGAAGCUGGGCUUGGCUCGCUUCUUCAUCCUAAAAAAGUUCAACUUUGGUUUCAUCGGUUACCUGCUGCUAUUCGGCGCCCUUGCCCUGCUGUUUGCCUUACUCAUACAGAAGUGCUUCUUCCACCGUUAAAGACUGACCACUCUCUCUGGACUGUUCUGUCCUGAGUCCUGACCAAUCAUUUCAAACAAUAUUUGCACAUAUCCCUAAGUUAAUAUUUAGCUGCUGAUCCAGGAUCUCAUUUUGUUUUUAACUUGGUGAGUAUUAAGUCAUACAUUUCUGUCUUGAAGUAAAGGACCAAACUUGUUUUUAAAUAGACAUUUCUAGGCUAGAGGAAGCUUGCUUGCGAGUCCGUCUCAUUUCACAAGUCAGUGCUAGACCUUAAAGUCUGACUGAGUUUCUUGUCUGUCCUUAGUAAUCCUUGAAAGCACUCAGAACUGAUGCGUAGUAACUGUUGUUACGCAAAGUUUUUAUUUUGAUAGUGGAUGAAAAAAUGUUAAUCUGCUUAUGAUUGAUAUUGUAAUAAAUACAUUCACAGCUGCCUCUGGACUUCUUUUUGGUAUGUUUAAAGAAAGACUUCAUGAUGCUCUUAGCCUGAGUAACUAAAAUGUGCUAAAUGGUCAUUUUGGAAACAUUUGACAGAGGAAACUGAAAAAAACUGAAUAUCAAGUGAAAUAAAACUAAAAAUUGC